AUGAAGAGCCAAGCGGUGGGACUUUUGGUGCUGGUUGUGGCGACCGUCGGUGCAGUUUCGUACUGCCCGAACCGGUGCGUCUGUGACGACGAGAAGCUGCACGUGACGUGCGGCGAGGGCGAGCUGGAUGUGCUGCCGAUAGCGCUCAACCCAUCGAUCGGCCGGCUGGUGAUUAAGUUCAAUCGUAUCAAAUCGAUUGACUCGUCGAUACAGUUCUACACCGAGCUGACGAUGCUCGACCUGAGCUACAACCAUCUGCUCAGCAUUCCCGAGCGUAUCUUCAUGUACCAGAAGAAGUUGCUCCAGUUGCAUCUGAACAACAACAAGCUCGGUGCCAUCACGAACCGCACGUUUGGCGGACUGGACGAGCUGCGUGUGUUGAAUCUGCGCGGCAACUUUAUUGAUGAGAUUGGGAGCGAAAUGUUCAAAGCACUUCCGAAGCUGGAGGAGCUAAACCUGGGGCAAAACCGAAUUGCCACGCUACAUGCUAGCGCUUUCGAUGGAUUGGUUAGCCUGCGUGUGCUCUAUCUGGAUGACAAUUCGAUCAGCACGAUUCCUACGCUUUCGCUGACACCGCUCAAGGGGUUGGCCGAAUUGUACCUCGGCACAAACUCGCUCUUCCGUGUACUUCCGGGUGCUUUCGAAGGACUCACGCAACUACGCCGACUAGACAUUCAUGGUUCGAUGUUGGUUAACAUCACAAGCGAAACGUUCCGAGGGUUGGAGAACAUCCGUUCCCUAGACAUCUCGGACAACCAUCUGCUGAAGGUGCCAACCGUACAGCUGAGUGGAUUGAAGCGUCUCGAAGAUCUCACCAUCGGUCAGAAUGAUUUUGAGAUCAUUCCUGAAGGAGCAUUCUUCGGACUGUCCAAUCUAAAAUCAGUCGACAUUUCUGGAGCGCUGAAUCUUCGGCAGAUUCAAUCGGGAGCAUUUUCCGCCAAUCCUAAUCUGGAAUCGAUUACAAUUGCAUCCAACAAGGAGCUGCAGGAGUUGGAUGAGGGAUCGUUUGCCGGCCUACCGCACAUCCGGAAGGUGUCGCUGCGAGACAACAAGAUCGCAACGUUCCACGAGGAACUGCUUCCCUGGAAGCAUUUGGUGGAGUUUGAUCUCACCGAGAACCCGCUCGUUUGCGAUUGCAAUGUGCUGUGGUUGAGAAAUUUGCUCCAGCGCCAAAACCCCGAAUCCGAGGAAGACGCACAAAUUGUAUGCAGCUGUCCUGACCGGCUGCACGGUGAGCUGCUGCGUGAGCUUACCGCCGAUCUGCUCGGCUGCCAGCAUCUGCAGUCGAAAGAGCGUGCCAUUUUCGGUGCCAUCAUUGUUGCAUCGGCGGCUAGCGUUACGACGCUGGUGCUGAUUGUGUAUCGGUUGCGCCAUCGCAUCCUGGACCUGCUCCGCCGGAUGGGCUGGGGCGGAAGCAAUAAGCGCGCGACCCUGCACGAGGAGAAGGACGUGGAGGUGCAGAAAUCGUUGGGCGAGGUGGAGUACCAUCAGCCGCACUGUAACAUCUACACGUACAAUUACCAUCCAGCGUACAGGAACUAUCAGCAUCCGUUCGGUGGACAGUACACGCUACCGUAUCCGCACUAUCAGUCUCACAGUGCCAGUGCUGCCGGUGCUGGUGGACAUGGUGCCGUAGCGACAGCGACUAUGCCACCACAGCAACUCCACAUCCACCAGCAAUCGGCACCGAACUCGAUCGUAGCCGUCGCUGGUAGCUACGGUGGGCAGCCCCAGCAGCCCCAGCAGCAGCAGCAGCAUCUUCAUCAGCAUCAUCACCAUCAGCAGCCACCAUUGCCACAAACUCCCAAGGGUACGCUGAGCACCUCGUCCUCCACCACCUCCUCGUCGACGUCCUCGUCCGCACUCUCUUCGAGCGGUUCGACGGUGUCGGGCGUUUCGGCCCAAACCCAAUCAUCCACGAUCUAUUCGCCCCAGUACGCACACCACAUAUACGAAGUGCCCAAAAAUAUGUCCGACACCUAAG